GGCCCCACCCACUUCCGGCCCGGAACUGCGCGUGCGCCUCCCAGGCCAAGCUGGAUGGAAAUUCCCGCCGACCCCCUCGGAAUUUAAAGGGCCCGCUGCCUUCCCGAAGUUGGUCUGAAGGCAAGGGCUUGUUGGUUGUGGACAGCACUUGGUCAUGGGACCUGUACGGUUGGGGAUGUUGAUUUUCAUUUUGGCUGUGUAUGGCGCUUGGGUUGCGACGCCGAAGGAGGAAGACGAUGACACAGAACGCUUGCCCAGCAAAUGUGAAGUGUGUAAGUUGCUGAGCCUGGAGCUGCAGGAAAAGCUGAGUCGCACUGGCCGAUCUCGGGAGGUGCUGGAGCUGGGGCAGGUGCUAGACACUGGCAAGAGAAAGAGGCACAUCCCCUACAGUGUUUCAGAGACAAGGCUGGAAGAGGCCUUGGAGAAUUUGUGUGACAGGAUCCUGGAUUACAGUGUUCAUGCCGAGCGCAAGGGCUCACUGAGAUAUGCCAAGGGUCAGAGUCAGACCAUGGCAACGCUGAAAGGUCUGGUGCAGAAGGGGGUGAAGGUGGAUCUGGGGAUCCCUCUGGAGCUGUGGGACGAGCCCAGCGUGGAAGUCACGUUCCUCAAGAAGCAGUGUGAGACAAUGCUGGAGGAGUUCGAAGAUGUCGUGGGAGACUGGUACUUCCAUCAUCAGGAACAGCCUUUACAGCAUUUUCUCUGUGAAGGUCAUGUGCUCCCCCCUGCUGAAACUGCGUGUCUACAGGAAACUUGGACUGGAAAGGAAAAGAUCACGGAUGGGCAAGAGAAGACAGAAGGGGAGGAGGAACACGAUCAGGAGGAGGAAGAAGAGGAAGAGGAGGAAGAGAGGAUCAACACACCAGGGCACUCCAAGCAUGACCCUGAGGAUCUUUGACUCUUGCCUUUGAGCCCCCAGGAGGGGCAGGAGUCAUGGAGAAGAACCCUCUGAAAUCUGAGCUCUCCUUGCUUCACAUAAGGGCAUGUGUGUAUGUGUGAGUGAUCCCACCCCGGAGCUUGUAGCUGUUCUCACCUGUCUGGUCUCAGGUAGGAUCCUGGUGGUGCAGCAUAGCAAGGCUGUGGGGACAAAAGCAGGUGCAGGAGGCAGAAGGCCUGCUCCAACAGAUGAGUCCUCUGCCUGCCAUCUAGCCCCUUAACUGGCAGGUGUGUGUGUGUGUGGUGACAAUGCUGAAGGCUUUCCCCUUUAAAUCUCUCUACUACUUCCCACCCCACCCAGAGGUCAGUGAAGCCACUGGAGCUAUGGGUCUAAGGCGAAAGGCACUUUGUCCUUCGGGUCCGUUUUUAGAUCCCUACAAGAAGAAGCCAGCUUGGAUAUUCUCUACGACCUAUACCCACUGCCUGCGUCAAGGCUACAACCCAAGAAACUGAACAAAAAAGGGGACACUAUGAAGAUGGGGCGAUGUUGUUAAGUUAGGUGGGGUAGAUAUUUGGUCUACUUCAUACAGAUUUAACCGAGGGCCCACCAUGUAAUUUCACAGGUGCCAAAUUUUCUACAUCGCUAGUAAAUUUUUUAAAAUAUCA